AUGGGUUCAACAAAGACGCCUUUUAGGGCAAUGCGCCUUUUCCUCUCCGCCAUUACCCUUCUUCCGACUGUCCUUGCGCGGGAAACGGUUUACAUCAAUGGAACCGGCAUCGAUGGCGUGUCUCGCGAGUUGGAUGUUAGUCGAUAUCCCGACCUGCACACUGGCGACUUCGCGGACUGCAUGAACGGCGAGAGCUUGUUUAAUGUCACCAAGUUCGACGCUGCAUACUACCGGGACAACCUCACUGUGCUGUUCCAUUUGAGUGGAACCACCAACAUUCGACAAGAAGCCCUCAUGAUGCACAUCUCCAUGGAUGUUUACGGCGAGGGUCGAUUCAACAGGACCUACAAUCCAUGCGAGGGCAACAUCACCAGCAUGUGCCCUGUAAAUGUGGACGUUCCCAUCCAAGCAUACGCCGUUCUCCCCAUCUCUGCUACUGACUCUGAAGGAUUCCCGUCGCUCGCGCUUGGCAUUCCCGACCUCGAAGGCUUCGCCCGCCUGCGCAUCUUUUCAAACUCGACGCAAACCGAAAUCGGCUGUUUCCAGGCGGUCUUGACCAACGGCCAGACAUUGUCCCAGCCAAAGGCCAUCGGGUCCAUCUUGGGCGGUUUCGUCUGCGCGGCAAUCCUUGCUUCGUUUGCGACAGCCAUUUACGGCUUGCAGAUUCCACACAUGAGGAUGCACUACGCCCACUCUUUCUCGCUCCUCGUCAUUUUCGAAACUUUUCAGUCCAUCUUCUUUCUGGGCGCCCUAUCCGUGGACUGGCCCAGCCUGCUCCCUGCUUGGUGGAGCAACUUCGCAUGGACCGCAGGCAUGAUUUCCACCGACAGCAUGCUCGAUGCCCUCGCCCCAUUUAGUGGCAUCUCCGGAAAUGGUAGCCAGGUUGGCGGUGCUGGAUCCGUGCCCAUUAACAACGGCGGUGGCCUCACCCAGCAGAUCUAUGGAAGAUCCAUUAAGCUUAGGUCGGCGCUGGGCCUUGACGAUUCACUCCACACAUUUGCGCGUCGAGCUGGAUACAAUGCGAGCAACCCUUACGACUACAAUUGGGCAGGGGAACCUCGCAACCCUGGUAUGCCGAUCCCUGGCGAUUUUAACGGGUUUGCAGGCACGUUGUCUGUGGCCAAUGUGCCCCUGAAAGACGCCUUCACCAUUGGCCUGAUUUGGCUGCUCGUCGCUCUUGGGGCUGUCAUGGUGUUUGUCGCGCUUGUCAAGUUUGUCCUGGAUGCGUUGGUUAAGCUAAAGCUGAUAAAGACGGACGGAUUCGACUACUUCCGCUCUCACUGGCUGGGAUACAUGGCUUCAGGGCUGCUCCGCACUCUCUUCAUCGCAUUCUUCGCCAUGACGACGCUGUCCACCUAUCAGUUUGCGCUUCGCGCCGCCGCGGGCCCGAGUGCCGUCGCCGCCAUCGUUUUCCUCGUAUUCCUGGGACUCGCGGGCAUCUCAGCAUAUGCUUGCUUCGUUAGGCUGCGCGAAGGAAAAUAUGAGGUUGCCCCCGAUACUCUUCGGUUGGAACAAGGCAAGCUUUUUAAGUCGAUGCCAUUUGUAGCAGCUACGCGCCAGAGUUCAGUUGGAGAAGAAGAGCAAGCAGUGAAGCCUCGUCUGUAUGGCAGCAUCCCCUUCUUCCAGAUCAAGUUCAUCGACAACGACCCCAAUAGGCCAAGUCCGAACGAGGAUCUGGGCUAUAUCAAGCGAUUCGGUUGGUUGUCGGGUCGAUACAGCCGAACGCGUUGGUGGUUCUUUGCGGCCUACCUUGGGUACCAAUUUGGACGAGCAUGCUUCAUCGGAGGAGGUUCCCAGAACCCGCUGGCUCAGGUCUUUGGGCUCUUCGUCUUUGAGGUGUUUUCUUUGGUCGCCAUCAUCAAGCUCAAGCCAUUUGAGGGCGCUCGCAACACCUCCAUGGCAGUCUGGCUUCUAUCUAUCUCCAAGAUCAUCACAACCGGCCUCUCAAUCGCUUUUCUGCCAUCUUUCAACAUCAGUCGCAUCGCCGCAACCAUCAUCGGCAUUAUCAUCCUUGUCGUUCAGGGUUUCCUCACGAUCGCGGUUCUGGUCCUCAUUGUUCUAGGCACGAUUUCUACAUGGAUGUCUCUGUCUCGCAACCGAGAGGAGUUCCCAGUAGGCCUUGACGGCCUCCGCAUCCGUUACUUUGAGCACAUGGAGGACAGGGCGGGAAUGCCCUCGUCGCAGCCGAAGCCGGUGCCACUACAAACACAUGGCUCAUUCAAGGUCAAGGAGGUGCGGCGUCACCCAACUCUUGAUGAUAUGGAAGCGUUCCCUAGCUUGGAAGGCUCCGAGGGGGAUGCGGUUACAUUCCCGAAGCUUGCAGUCAACCCGCGAAGCCGAGCCAAUAGUGCUGGCUCCAGAUACUCAGUGGCCAGCCUUCCUCGCACUGGUCGCGUCCAUCGAGCUUCAUGGAGCUCCAAGGACCUGGCAGAAUGGGAUGCCGAUAUGAACCGAGGCGACACUGCGCGGUUGAGCAGGGUGCGUAGUAGCUCCCUUCGCGUGCAAUCGAUGAACAUGCAGGGAAUGCGACCGAUGACACCGACAAGGGAGUCGGCUGAAUUCUCCCGGAGGAGCACCAACCCGUCGAGGCCAGAAGAGGAUGGGACAAUUGCGGAAGACAAGAUCCAAGAGGCGCGCGAAACCCCCAGAAGAAGGAGGACUGUCAGCUUCGCAGACCAUCGUCAGACGACGUGGUCUGACUCCAAUACAAGCGAGGACAGCACCAAGGUUGGAGAGUCUAGCUCUGACCAGACGGACGACAGUAAACCUAAAGCCGAGGAAACUGUUCAGGGGAGGGUAUCGCCCAAACUGAACUCGGAAGAGACUAUCCAUGAAAAAGACGAAGAACACGAAACGAAGGCCGACAACUCAACUCAAGAGAAGACCGAAGAGUCAACGACCAAGCCUGAGCAAUAG